AUGCGCGCCCGCGACGUCCUCCUCAACAUCCUAUGGUUCCUCCUCGGCGGCGAAGUGCUCUUCCUGCUCUACUGUAUCGGCGGGCUGUUGAUGAUGAUCACAAUCGUCGGCAUCCCCUUCGGCAUCGAAGCCAUCAAACUCGGCUCGCUCUCCCUCCUCCCCUUUGGCGCCGCCGUCGGCAACCUCCCCGGCAUCCACGGCCUGCGGUUCGUGUUCAAUGUGGUGUGGUUUUUGGUUAUUGGAUGGAUUAUUGCACUGUUUCAUUUUCUGCUGUCGUUGAUUUUCGCGGUGACUAUUAUUGGCCUCCCAUUCGCCUACGAGCACUGGAAGCUCGGAUUCGUCGGGGCGUUCCCUUUCGGCAAAAUCAUCGUGCACUAA